ACAUUUGGGUGGACUGAAAUUCUUCGCUCCGGAGUUUGGUUGUGCACGCGCAGAUAGGGGAACUUGCUGGUCGCCCAGUUGGCAAACUGACGAAGUUGUCUUCGGAAACUUGAAGGCUUAUUAUAAAACCGCUAUGACUUCGACAAACAUGUUUCAAGGGUUGGAUACUGGUUCAAAACCAAGUUCAAGGGUGUUGCAGCCUCCUGGAGGUGGCUCCAGUAACCUGUUUGGUGGCUAUGAAGAAGAUUCUGCAGCAUCAAGAAGACCUAAUAAGAUGGCCUCGAAAGUGUUUGCACCACCAGAGCAGCCCCAGAGUGUACCCAAACGCUCCAAUCCUCCGGGUGGGAAGAGUAGUGGAAUAUUUGAGGAACCUGGAGCUCCAGUUCAGCCACAGAAGACCAUGCCUCCUGGUGGACCAACCAGCAAUAUAUUUGGGCCUGCAGAUACUGCACCCGUUCAAAGCCCAAGCCGAAGCCACCCAAAUAAGCCAAAGGACAAUCUAAGUGUGGGACCUGAACCUGAAUCGCCAGCACCUGUGGCCAAGACCAGCCAACCUGAGGUGAAGGAGGAAGCUGCCCCCCCAGCUCCCAUACCAUCCAAAGAAGAGCCCGCUGCUGUUUCAGCACCUCCAGAGCCUGAGCCCUCCUCUUCCUCUUCCUCUCCUCCUGAAGAGAAAGAUGAGUCUGCUCUACUGAAGAAUCAUGAGCCUCAUCUGGGACCCAAGCCUCGCUCUCACAACAGGGUCCUCAACCCCCCUGGAGGAAAGUCUAGUGUGGUAUUCUACUGAUGAGCUGAACACACCACUCCUCCCUGUCUGUGUCCAUACUGUACACUCCUUGUCUGCUCCCCAGUUAAUCAUCUCCCAUUCCAACACCCCCCUCCCCACAGUUAUUUCACCUGAACAUCUGAACUCAGACCAAGAUUGUUCGGUCUUCCACUAGAUUUCUGGUCAGAUAUGUUGUCCUCAACUUCUUGCACUUUCAGCUCUAUUUUUGGUUCUCUGCUCUUGUCCAAUUCUUAAAUUCUUCAAUGAAACCUGCAAUUGUGCAAUCACCAACCAAUCAAUCAAGAGGUUAGCUGUUUUCACCAUUUCUGUGUUUAAGCAUGUUUUUUUUUCACAAUUAUUUGUCAUUUUUGAAAACAUUUUUGUAUCCCAUGAAUGAGUAAGACUUGGGCGUGCUUGUACAGUGUUCAUCUUUAAACAGUCCAAACAUUCAGAUUACUUAAUCUAACUAAAAUCCUGGUGUUAAAAAAUAAUUUCAGACACUUGAUCAAAUAAACCUUAAUGUGUAGUCAUUCAGUCAGGAAGGGUGAAUGAAUCUGCUCAUCAGUGAUGCAUCUGUAAUGUUUCAGGGAGUUCCACUAGUGUCAGAUCCUUAUUGGGUGACUGCUUGUUUGGCCAUUUUUCAAAAUAAUACGUGUGGUAGACAGCAGCUAAUGACUGUAUAAUCAGAAGCCUUAUAUCAGCUCAGCUGUUUUAGUCUUUGCCUUCUCAUGAAUUGUUCCUUCACGGUUUCCUUCUCUAGAUGCCAAAAAUUGAUUUUGAAACAAAGAUGAAUAGAAUUGUUUACUCCAUAAUGUUUCUGUGUCCUUAAAGAAAUUCCAUUUUGAUUUUAUGCGAUUGUAUUGUGCAGGUGCUUUUCUGCUUUUGUCCUCAUUGCUUGCUUGAGUUAUCUUUUUUCUUUUUUUUUUGCUUGGGUCAGGCCUUUGUUUAUGUUUUAAAUUAAAACGGCUGAAGACAAGUGAACUCUGGACAAGCGUGUGGCCUAUCUGAGUCCAGGUGGGCUCAGUGAUAAUCAUAAUUUUUCCCCAACUUCAUGACACCACAUUCAUGUUAUUCUGGUGCCAGCCUGUCCCAUGUGUUGAUGUGCCUGGCAGGCAAUGAGCGUAGCAGAAGAAAGAAAUCCUGUGUAUUGCAAUAAAACUGUUGUUUUGCA